AUGCUUUUAGUAUAUCAUCAUUAUACCCAAGAUCAAUAUGUUGAAUUAUCUAAAAGAAGUGCUUAUUCAGGUUCCGGUAUUGGGAUUGGGAUUUUCAUAUUUAUUGCCAUAGUCAUAUUUGUUUCGAUGCUCGGUCGUGGAUCUCAAAAGUCAAAAAAUCAAACGAAACAGAAGAAUAACACAUCGGGUACAACAUUAGGUUCAAUUAAUUUGCAAUCUCGCAAUAGACACCAAAGUGUUGUUAGUAUACAACAACAACAACAACAACAACAACAAAGUUUGGGAACAAUGACAAAUCCUGAAAAUGAUUAUGUUCCGCCAUAUACACAAACUCCAAAUGACAAUGAUUUGGGACGGUUUGAUAAACAAGGGAAUUUCCACGCCCUGAAUAGACCAGAAAAUGUACUACUACCCUCACCACCACCACCUGUUUACCUAAGUACCUAA